GGGGGAGUCGGAGGAAAAAACUGAGGGGAUGAACUGCGCAGCACAAACAAACAACUGAACAGAAACACUUAAAAUGAUCCUAAAAGCAGGAGAACAAUGUCUACAGAUGACAGGAAUUAACGUUGAAAAGAUACAUGCAAAUAUUGGACGUGGGAGUCAGGUGGAAGGGAGUGUAUAAUGGGUAUAACAAUAUUGCAAUGGAACGCAAGACGUCUCAUUGCAAAUGAGCAGGAAUUUAAGAGAUAUAUUGAAAAAGAAAAAUAAAUUGAUAUUGUAUGCAUACAAGAAACAUGGUUGAUUCCAAAUCUUAAUUUUAAAAUGGCAGGAUUUGUACAAAUUAGAAAGGAUAGAGAGGGUGGGAAAGGAGGGGGUGUGCUGUAUUGGGAUUAGAGAAAAUUUUACAUUUACGGACGUGAAGGUAAAGACGGGAUUAGAAGUUAAUGUACUGUAAUAGUAAAGGUUGAAAAAGGGGAGGUGAAAAUAAUAUUAUAGUUAAUGGAAGGAGAAAGGCAAAAAAUGGCGGUUUGCAGAGACUAAUAGUCCUAAUACAAAAUGGGGAAGUAGUUUUAGAGAUGGUAACGGGAGGAUGAUAGAAGAUUUAAUUGAAGACAAAGAACCUCUGUAUUAAAUAAUAAAUAAGACGCGUAUCAAUGUAAGAACAGGGGAAAUGAGUAUGUUGGAUUCAAGUUUUGUAUCGGCAGUUAACAUAUAAAUGUGAACGAAUAUAUUGGAUGAUAAUGAUAUGGGUAGUGAUUAUUAUCUGAUUAUCAUUAAGAUUAACAGAAAAUUAAUUUAAAAAGAUGACAGGUGUGGAAAGAUUUAAUUUUAGGAAAGCUAAUUGUGUGAAAUGUGAGGAAGUUUAUAAAAAAAGUAUAAAUAUUGAAAAUAUCAGAAGAUAUUGAUGAAUUUAAUGAGAACAUAAUAAAUGGACUAAAUAUGGCAGCACAAUAAUGUAUUCCAAUAAAGAAAACUAAUAAAAUAAAUACAAUAGCAGUUCCAUGGUGGAAUAAGGAAUGUGAUGAAGUGAUACAACAAAGAAAAAAGCAUUAAAGUAGAAUGGAAAUAAAUACGGAAACACUGAUACAAUAUAAAAAAGCUGAAGCAACGGCACACAGGGAAAUAAGAAGUAGAAAAAAGCAGUACUGGCAAGAAUAUUGUUCAAAAACAACGGCAGAUAAGAACAUAAAAGAGAUAUGGGAUCAAUUUAAGAAUAUUGCAGGUAAAGGGAGGAAAAAGAGUUAUGUCAUGUCUUCAAAGUGAAGAGGAAAUAGUAUAUGAAGAUAAAGAGAAAGCUGAUUUAUUGGGAAUAAAAUUUGAAAAAAAUAGUAAUGGAAAUUAUGAUUUAGUAUUUUUGGUACAAAUAGAGGAGUUUCAUAAAGUACAUUAUAGAGAAAUAAAAAAAAAUCAAGAAGAAACAUGUUAAUUGUAGUACAAUAUUUUCAUAUCAUUAACAGAGGCUAUUAAACAAGGGACAAAUACAAGUCCAGGAAAGGACAACAUUUGUUAUAAAUUCUUUGAGUAUAUGAGUAUAUGCUAUAUAAGGUUUAGAGAUUUUGUUGUAAUUGUUUAAGGGUAUGUACCAAAAAAAUUGAACGAGGCAAUAAUAAUACUGUUGAUAAAACAGGGAAAAGAUCCUACAGAUGUUGGAGCAUAUAGACCUCUAGCAUUAACAUCUGCACUAUGCAAAAUAAUGGAAACAAUUAUAUGCACAAGAUAAAUUUUUUUCUUGGAAAAUAGUAAGUUAUUAAAUAAGGAUUGCUACAUAUGCAGAGGAAGCAUAAAGCAACAGAGAAAACAAAAAUAUGUAAAUUGUUAACCACAAAAAUUAGCAAGAAAGGAAAUAAAAUGGAAACAAAAGGACAGGAAUAUGUUAAACAGAAGGAAGAAAUGUUGCAUAUUUACACAGAAGGAUCAAAUCUGGGAACACAGGAUAUGCUUACAAUAUAUACAGAUUUGAAAUUUACUGCAGAGUUGCAAUACUUAUGGUCAUAGACAAAAUAGAGGAAUAUAAAGAAAAUAAUGUUUUGAUUUUUACAGAUGCUCUAAGCUCGAUACAGGCAUUAGAAUUUGGAAACGAGCUAGGAUAGAUAUUAUAUAUGAAAUUAUUCAGAAGUUACAUACAAGCUAUAAAAAUUGUAAAAUAUUCUGAUAUGGAUUCCAAGUCACUUGGGUAUCUUAAGAAAUUAAAUUGUGGAUUUUUAAGCAAAAAAAGCAACUGUAAAUAGACAAAUUGACAUACUAAUACCUUUGAGUCCUGCAGAGGUGAAUGCCGUGGCUAAGACAAAGAUAAUUGGUAUAUGGUAAAAACAAUGGGAAAACAGUGAAAAGGGAAGAUUUUAUUAUAAAAAAUCACUGAAAAGUAGGGGAAUACAAACACAUGGGGAAAGUGAAAAACAGUGAGGAAGAAACUAAUAUUAAUAGACUAAGGUGAGGACAUACAGCAUUAAAUCAUCAUUUAUACAGGAUUGGGAGCCAUGAAAAUAUGUUAUGUAGUAAUUGUGAGGAACAAGAAACAGUGGAACAUAUACAUAUUAAACAGAAAAUUAAGGGAAAUAGAAAUUGAAGUAACAACAGUAAAUUAUAUUUUGAAGGUAGCAAGGAGAGAAAAAAAAAUGGAGAAAGAAAUGUACAGUCAAAUUUAUAAAAAGUAUAGGGAAAUGGGAGAAAAUACAAGAGAAGAAAUAAAUAUACAUACAUAAAGGUAGAGGGCGCUCAUCAUCUCCAUUAGAUGGCAUGCGCCAACAACCCCUAAAAAGAAGAAAAGAAACUGAAUGGGCUAUGGCGAGAGGAGCCUGGAGGACAGCAACUGGUUUUAGGUCCUGAAAACCAACAUGAGCACUGGAGAAACCGGCAACAUCACCCAAUAUAUCCACAUUGAUCAAAACCUGCUACUGUAGCUGUACGUCUAAAAAAAUACUGAUGAUAAUAAUUAAACAAGAGGAAGACCAGUCACAACUCAGGAAAGUCUGCCCGUUAAUGAACAUUUGAAUAGGAUUACAUCAGAAGAGGAAGACCCUUUCCAACCAACCAGCAUUUUCUUUCGUUUAUUGAUGCUUUGUAAUCUGCAAUUGGGAAGUGCAAAACACAAUCGAAAGUUCUGUACAAUUGGUGCAGUUUUUAAACGGUUAUCCUAUGGUUAGUGUUUUCAAGGUUUAAAUACACACUUUGCACUAUUGAUAGUGAUAUUACAUUAUUAGAUUGUGUGAUCACCAGCAGUGCUCUACAGUGCGGGAAACGCAGCCUUCCGCCCAGAUAUCAUUGACGCACGGCGGACUUGAUAUAAUUAUACAAAAAAAAAGAAAGAAAGAAAAAAAAUCAAUCUCUAUUAAAGAUUUAAGAACGUGUAUUUGGAGUCGGCCCCCGUCAAGAUUAAUUCAUUGAUGUGUGCAAUAGUACAGAUCUUCCAGAAGUUGAAAUCAUCAGUCUACUGGAAGAGCAGCUGCCCCAUUACAAGCUAAGAGCUGAUACGAUUUAUGGUUAUGACCACGACGACUGGCUCCACACCCCGCUCAUUUCUCCUGAUGCCAAUAUUGACCUAACCACUGAACAAAUAGAGGAGACGCUAAAGUAUUUCCUUCUAUGUGCUGAAAGAGUGGGCCAGAUGACUAAAACAUACAAUGACAUAGAUGCUGUUACACGUCUGCUUGAAGAGAAAGAGCGGGAUUUAGAAUUAGCCGCACGCAUUGGCCAGUCACUGUUGAAGAAAAACAAAACACUCACGGAGAGAAAUGAUUUCCUCGAGGAACAGGUGGAACACAUUCGGGAGGAGGUUUCUCAGCUGCGCCAUGAGCUGUCAAUGAAAGAUGAGCUGCUUCAGUUUUAUACAAGUGUUGCAGAAGAAAGUGAAGCUGAUUCAGCCUGCUCAACUCCGAUAAGACGGAAUGAGUCUUCGUCAGUCCAAAAUUACUUUCCCCAUGAUUCUCUGCAGAGGAAACUGAAGGACCUCGAAGAAGAAAAUGUUGUCCUUAGAUCAGAGGCUUGUCAUUUGAAGACCGAAACGAUCACUUAUGAAGAGAAGGAGCAACAGCUUGUGAAUGACUGUGUGAAGGAGCUAAGAGAUGCACAUGUUCAAAUCUCUUCCAUUGCUGAAGAGUUAGCCAAGAAAACUGAAGAUGCUGCCCGGCAACAGGAGGAGAUCACCCACCUCCUCUCCCAGAUAGUGGAUCUACAGAAGAAGUCUAAAUCAUACGCAGUAGAAAAUGAAGAACUUUCCCAACAUCUGGGGGCUGCUAAAGAUGCCCAGCGCCAGCUCACGUCUGAGUUACGAGAGCUGGAAGACAAGUAUGCAGAGUGCAUGGAGAUGCUUCGUGAGGCGCAGGAAGAGCUGAAGAACCUGCGCAACAAGACUAUGCCCAACAGCACUCCCCGGCGCUACCAUUCGCUGGGGCUCUUCCCGAUGGACUCGCUGGCAGCUGAGAUUGAAGGCAGUAUGCGAAAGGAGCUUCAGCUGGACGAUCCCAUUGCUGAAGAGCAGAAGAUUCACCACAAGCGAGUGUUUGAGACAGUGAAGAACAUCAACCAGACCGUGAAGCAGAGAUCACUGGCUCCCUCUCCCAUGAACAUCCCUGGCUCUAACCAGUCCUCCUCCCUGAACUCAGCGCUCUCCAGCUGCAUGAGCACACCACGCUCCAGCUUCUACGGAGGAGACAUCAGCAACAUUGUUAUAGACAACCGGACGAACAGCAUCAUCCUGGAGACAGAGUCGCCUGAUGGCAGUGAAGACACUAACAAGAAGCCAGGGACCCCGGGGACACCAGGCUCCCACGACUUGGAGACGGCUCUAAGAAGACUGUCACUACGGCGUGAGAACUACCUGAGUGAGCGGCGCUUCUUCGUGGAGGACCGGGAGAGGAAGCUGCGUGACCUGGCUGAGAAGGGCGAGCUGUACAGUGGCUCCCUCACCCCCACCGACAGCAUCAUGUCACUCAGCACCAACCACUCAGGCCUGUCAGGACUCUCCUUCGUUAGCCGCUCCUACUUGCCCGAGAAGCUGCAGAUCGUCAAGCCUCUCGAAGGUUCAGCCACUCUGCAUCACUGGCAGCAGCUGGCCCAGCCCAAUCUAGGGGGGAUCCUAGACCCGAGGCCUGGCGUGGUCACCAAAGGCUUCAGGCCGCUGGAGCUUGACCUGGAAGAGGUGUACCAGCUUGCAGAUUUUGAGGAAGAUGAGUCAGGUGACGUUUUUUUCCAGGAACUGCCUACCUCAACCCCUGCUCAGCACAUGGAGACCUCAGGUGAGAGGUCGCGAGGGGAGCAAGUAACUGUUACAGAGAGCGGCACUUUCCCCAACCAGGCCCAGCUUGAUGUCGUGGAGACACAGGAGCAGAAGGCUGCCGAUGAUGAGGUGUCUGUUUAUCAUCCUGGUAAAUGUAUGUCCCACACCAGCUCCACCUACACCUUCACCACCUGCCGAAUCCUGCACCCUUCUGAUGAGCUCACUCGAGUUACUCCAAGCUUUAGCAUGGGACCCACUACCACUUGCGUUAGCAUGAACAGCCUGAAAUCUACUCCUGUAGCCACCCCAUGCACUCCCCGACGCUUAAGCCUUGCUGAAUCCUUCACUAACCAGCGGGAUUCCACCAAGACCAUGAGCACCUCCUUGGGACUGGUCCGGAUGCUGCAGGAGAGGGGCAUCUCAGCCGCAGUUUACAAUCCUCGGAGCUGGGACCGAGCUGACUCCCCCCUCCUCAUCCCCUGUGCACCCAGAGCUGAUGUCCUUCCUUCCACCCCACCCAACUCCCCCACUACGCAGCACCAGACCGAGCCCCCUUUUGAAUUCAAGGGUUCCAGCCCCCUCUAUGACAACUUCUUGGCUUCCAAGCCGGCCAGCUCCAUUCUGAAAGAGGUGAGGGGCGAAAGCAAGAGCAGCUGCAACAGCGAGUGCCAGACAGACGUCAGCGUCUACAACCUCAACUUGGUGGACAAGCUCAAGAGGUUUGGGAUUGCCAAAGUAGUCAGCCCAGGGGGAACUCCACAGCCCCCACCAGUGACAGGCAUGUCAAGACCUUUUCUCAGUGGGGCUCACCGAUCGGUGCCAACCUUCAGGCCCGGAGGCCUGGGGAGGGAAGGCCUGCCUUUAGGCUCCCCUGUAGUGGUCACCAGUGCCAUCGGGGGGCUUCAACUGAAUGCUGGCAUCCGACGCAAUCAAAGCUUUCCUGCCAUGGUGGGGGCCAGCAUGCAGAUGAAGGGCCCUAUGCCUCAAAGUUCAGGAAUACUAAUGGGUCCCAAGUUGCCCAAACAGACCAGCCUCCGAUAAUAGACUUUCUGUAAGAUAUUGUACUCUGGCCUCUUUUUAUAUUUUAAUCUGGUGUUUGGCACCUGUUAGGAAUAGAACAUAUAUACAUUAGGGUCGUCCUUAUUUUUGAAAAUCACAAAUCUCAUGCUCUCACCCCCUCAAUCUAUCACAUUUCACUAGAAAACAAUACCUGUGAAAUUUCAAGGAAAUCGAGAUUUAUAUACUGGUGCCUCACAGGGGUCAAAAGUCAAUCACAAAACUUGAAGGUUUUAUUUUCUGAACAAAUAGUUUUUAGAAAAAUAGAACAGUAUAGAACAAAUUUAACAGGGGUCAAAAGCUGAUGUAAAUGGCACUGAAAUGAGGCCUAUGUUUGUGAAUGAAUUGUAUUUCAGAAAUGGAUGAAUACCGAAUUUGUACUCUAGGGCUGAAAUCACAGUGGACUUCUUGGAAUCAAGAUUGUCUCUCAGCUUCUGAUGCUGAGAGACAACAUGGAGCAAGAACUGCUUUUGUUUCUCAUUGCGAGUUAGGUGGUCAAUAAACUCUUGAAUCAGAGCCACGCCUCUCUCCACAGUGUCACUGACCACGUUCAAUCCCUUGACAAUUUUCAGGGCAGCUCCAUAGUCACUGCCCUGAAGCCAGACCUCUAUAUCCUUGAGGAGGAAGCCUUCAAGGGAGACCCAAGGCAUCGAAGAAGCCUUUAGUCUGUUGUGUGAUGAAUGCACUGGCUUCCUGGUCACUCCAAGAUCAGAAAGCUGCAUCUUGAUCCUCUUUGGCAGAUCCUCUGUUCCUUUGACCUUCUCUAGUGCUUGCAGCAUGACUCUUCUCAUUGAGAGGGAUCAAUGGGUCAAAGAAGGCUAAGUCUAUCAGCUCCUCACUCAAGUACCACAUGUGCCCUAAUAAUUUCUGUAUGGCACCAUCAGCAACACCUCUGUUGAUUUUGGAGUACUUCUGGAGCCUUUCCAGGAACUUCAGACCAUUCAGUGGGGUUGAAAGUAGCUAUGGCAGCAGAGAGCCAGGCUUGGAUGUAGUCCCCUGCAAUGACAAAGCAAAGGAGUUCAUGAAGUCCAUUCUCCUUUUGCUCUGACCUUGAAUAAUCUGCCAUCUUCCUUUGCCCAACCGAACAUGAAGAUCUUGAAGCUAUACAGCAGGCGUGCCAUCCAUCGUGCUCUUUGAAGUCCUGCUGGAGCUCGGAAGCAAACUCUUCCAGGAGGCCCCAAGCUGGCAGCUGCUGCGGCAAUAAUAAGAACAGCCUUCCUAUCACUUAUCUUGCAACGGUCAGGGCAGAGGCUAGCUCUGGAGUGAUCACAUUCUUCCAAGCUCACUUUACCAGUGAGGGAGUAUGUGAAGGACCAGCACCACCCACUGCACCCCCUGCCUCCUCUGCAGUGCCAAACUCGUCAUCACUGGUGCUUGAGGACUCCAAUUCAAUAGUUUCCUCCAUUCUACGUUUCUCUACUUGGCCUUUUUGGACUCUUUCCUGAGUUAUUUCCCUCUUCUUCUGCUUCUUCACCUUCCUCCUUGUCUUUCCAUCCACAGCAGCCUUGUCGACCAUGUCUUUGUGCAGUGAGGAAGACUUUGUCUUCCUGUAUGUUCAUGAUCACUUGCAGAACUUGUAUACUUGAUGGUAGUCUCGCCCCUGUAAUCUUAUCAUUAGUGCUUCCAAUAAGAAAUAUUUCCUUCUGACGCCAUAGUCAAAAAAUCUGAAUAAGAUAAAAAUAUAAUGAUAAAGCAAAUAGCCAAACAUUUUGCUUUCAAAUUAGGUAAGGGGAAAUUUAAUUAAAAUAAAACAAACACACAAGGAUUUCUUUUUUAACAUUUAUAUAAAUAACUGGACCCAGGUAGCGAUGUGAGAGGUCCACACUUCCUAUGCGCAAUCACAUGGACUAUUUCAAGGGAGAAGGAAAAAACCUCAAGGUUGAUGAGGCACCUCUAAAUACAAUCCAAUUUUGAUGAAAUUUUGCAGGGAAUAGUUUUUCACCAAUUGAAAAAAAUGAGGGGGUGAAAGGUCAAGAUUUUAUAUUUUCAUGUUUUACCGUAUCUAUAGCAACCACCCUAAUAUACAUUGUACAAUUAUUUUUGUAAAUACCCUCCACCCCCAGACUGCACCCAAAAUGUUUUCCAACUUGAUCAUGACAAGCCUGUGCAGGUGAAGUACAGCCACAUUAUUUUUUGUCUCCAUAAACAGUAAUGCUUGGAUCAAUAUGGCUGAAUCAAAGACUUCUACAUGUGAACUCUCACGCACAACAUUGCCUUUUUUAUUCACAUCAAACAUUGCAGCCAAGAAAUGGAAGGGGGCACAGUAGGGAUUCAAAUGGUGCCAUGAUGUACAUCAUUGAGUUUGCAGUGUGGAGGAAUUGGGUGUUUUUACAUGAAAGCACAAGACAAGAAGAACCACAUAACCACAUAACUUAUUUUUUUGGUGACAGACCAAUAUAGCUUUGUAUAGUACAGUUAUUAAACCAAGAUGUCUGGAAUGGUCUCUUAGUAACAUUAUAAACCGCAUCAUAAUAAAAAAAAUAUAUAUAUAUAUUUUAAAUAUUGUCUCCAGUUUUUGGUCAAAUGAAUUCCAUUGAGGGUUGUGUCAAAUAGUACUGAUAUGGGGGAAUUUUAGUUUCCUUAAUGGAGCUAGCAACACAUCCAUAUAGGAUGCUAGUAGGAUAAUACUGAAAGAGCGUAGUGAUCAUGUACUUUUAGCUUUAUAGAUUGUAAGACUGAAUUAAACAGCCACUGAUCCUUCACUUUCUGGCUGACUAACACGUGGUCUGUCAUCCCAUGACUGAAUUAUAAUACAUACUGAUCCUUUUGUUAAUAGUGUUUUUUUUGGUUCUUUUGAACAAUUUUAACCUAGGUCUAAAUGAAGUGAACAUGAUGUAAUACAUGUACACACAGAGAGAGAAAGCACAUGGGACAAUAGUGCAUGUGUUUUAACAAAGACAAGGGUAUUUAUUCUUUACCUAAAUAUUUUACUAAAUAACUGUCAGUGGCUUACUUUAUUUGCUGUUGUAUGUGUGCACUUAUUGUCAGUAACUUGAAUAUCUCUUUUUUUGAAUGUAUUAAAUAACAGCAGAUAAGAGGAGCAUAUGAUAUACAUUGGUUUAAAUGGUUUCAGCAUAAAGGGAAGUACAAUAUUUGUAAAUUGCAAAUGGUAAAUAUGCAAUAAAAGUAGAGUGACUCAUUUUUUUAAAUAAAUAAAUUUAAAAAACUAGAAAAAAAAAACUGAAAGACACACAAAAAAAAAAAAUCCAUAACAUCAGUGACACUGUUAACAUCUCAAAUGUUGUACUUUCAGGAAUUUAAAAUGCUGUUCUUCUCUAAUGAAAUAUCAAUAUAAUAAAAUAAAAUAAUUUAUAUGACUUA